AUACAAGCAUACUGCAUCAUAUAUAGCCGCCACACACACACCCACCUCUUUCAUUCUCUUCUACAAAUCUCCUCUCAUUUUCCUUUGUCUUCAAUCCUUGACAUUCACAUUCACAUUCUUUCUUUCUCUCCCCCUCUCUGUUUUUGUUGCUCCACUCACACACACACCUACAAAAAUAUCUUUUUUUAUAUAUUUUCAGAAAAGGGAAGGAGAUGAAGUAUGUUUUAGUGACUGGAGGUGUUGUAAGUGGACUUGGAAAAGGAGUGACUGCUAGCAGUAUUGGUCUUCUUCUUCAAUCUUGCGGUCUUCGUGUUACUUCGAUUAAAAUUGAUCCAUAUUUAAAUAAAGAUGCAGGAACAAUGUCUCCAUUUGAGCAUGGAGAAGUGUUUGUAUUGGAUGAUGGAGGAGAAGUGGAUUUGGACCUUGGCAACUAUGAACGGUUUCUUGACGUUAAAUUGACACGUGAUAAUAAUAUCACCACCGGAAAAAUUUACCAGUCGGUCAUCGACAAGGAGAGAAAGGGAGAUUAUCUUGGAAAAACUGUUCAGGUUGUUCCCCACAUCACAGAUGCUAUUCAGGAUUGGAUCGAACGUGUAGCAGCUGUACCAGUAGAUGGAAAAGAAGGCCCGCCUGAUGUUUGUGUUAUUGAAUUAGGCGGCACUAUAGGGGACAUUGAAUCUAUGCCAUUUAUUGAGGCUCUUGGACAAUUCUCAUACCGUGUUGGUGCCGGAAACUUCUGUUUAAUACAUGUCAGCCUCGUGCCUGUUCUCAAUGUUGUUGGUGAACAAAAAACAAAACCGACCCAACACAGUGUUCGGGGAUUAAGAAGCUUGGGAUUGACGCCAAAUAUAUUAGCUUGUCGCAGCACAACGGCAUUGGAUGCGAAUGUUAAAGAGAAACUUUCUAGGUUUUGCCAUGUUCCGGAAGAGAACAUAGUCACCUUAUAUGAUGUCUCCAACAUAUGGCAUAUACCUCUACUCUUACGUGACCAGAAGGCCCACGAAGCAAUACUGAAGGUGCUAGACGUGGACCUUUCAUGUAUUGUAUCUAAACCCGUAUUGAGAGAAUGGACAGCUAGAGCUCAACUUUGUGACAUGCUAAAUGAGACGGUCAGGGUUGCCAUGGUUGGGAAGUACACUGGUCUUUCAGAUUCUUACCUAUCUGUGCUAAAGGCUUUGUUGCAUGCUUCUGUUGCGUGCAGAAGAAAAUUAGUCAUCAAUUGGGUGUCUGCUAGUGAUCUUGAAGAUGUAACUGCCAUAGAAAAUCCCGAAGUUAACAGAGCUGCUUGGAAUUCCUUGAAGUCUGCGGAUGCUGUUCUUGUUCCCGGUGGAUUUGGUGACCGAGGUGUGGAAGGGAAGAUUAUUGCAGCAAAAUAUGCACGUGAAAACAAUAUCCCGUAUCUUGGCAUUUGUUUAGGAAUGCAGACUGCUGUGAUCGAGUAUGCAAGAUCCAUUCUUGGUCUUGAGAAUGCAAAUAGCACCGAAUUCGAUCCAAAUACUACUGAUCCUUGUGUUAUUUUUAUGCCCGAGGGUUCAAAAACUCAUAUGGGUGGUACUAUGCGGCUCGGAUCUAGGAGGACGUAUUUUCAAAAUUUAGACUCAAAAGCCGCACAAUUGUAUGGUAGUCAAAGGUUCAUUGAUGAGAGACAUCGACAUCGAUAUGAGGUGAAUCCCGACAUGGUGUUACAGCUAGAAAAAGCUGGUCUGAGCUUCACAGGUAAAGAUGAAAGUGGUCGGCGUAUGCAGGUUAUUGAACUAGAGAGUCAUCCAUACUUUGUCGCCGUUCAGUUUCAUCCCGAGUUUAAGUCUAGGCCUGGAAAGCCUUCUGCACUUUUCUUAGGGCUUAUUGCAGCAGCUAGUGGUCAAUUGGAUUUGCUUCUGAAGAAAAGCGUAACAAAGACAAAUGUAUUUGCCAAUGGCAUGUCAGCUGGAUCACCACAUCGGUAUGGCAAUGGGAAAUCGCCAGUAAAUGGCAUCUAUAUCAAUGGAAAUGGCAACGGUUUGCAUGUUUGAACGCACACGCGAUGACUUGGGGCUUUUGGGUGGCGUUGGUUUUUGUUUUUCUGAGUUUGGGGUUUUGUAUAGGCUCGUGGGUAUGGAGCUGGAUCCGGGUUUUUUUCAAAUGGAACAGCCUUUCGAUUAGGAAAGAUACUAAAUUGGAAACCUGUUUAGUGCCUCCAAAAAGGGUUGGCUGCAAUCAGUACUUGACAAGGUUACUGUAACACCCCUAAAACUGAAGGGCGAGUUGGCCUCCAAAAAAAGAGAAACAUAAUGCAUGAACUUUAUUCUGAAAGGGUAGCAAGUAUUUGUUUGUUUAAAGACUUUGUAGACUUGCCAAUAUCAUUUCUAAAGGGCGCAUAAGCAUGUUUUUCUUCA